CGUACUUAACAUCUUUCAAUUAUUCUUGUUUCUAUUUUUCUUAAUUUUUUUGUCAAACUUAACUUGUCAGUUAAAAAGUAUUAUUAUUACUCUCUAACUUUUAUUUUGUGAUCAUUUUAUAGUGGGUUUUUUUCAGAAUAAAACCAGCGUUACUUUUAAAGAUGCGGAAAUGAUUUUAUCAAAAAUCGACGGGAUACCAAUGAACAUCUCAGUAUCAAGAAACCUCAAUGAUUUUUCUUGGCAGCAGUUUCGUCCAUUAUCACAACGAGACCUCCUAAUGUGACUUAACUUCAGUACAACUCGAUAAUACCAUUAGUAAUUCCAUCAGAGUGGCAUGCGACUAGUAAACGUGGAACGGGCGUGUCUCUUGCUGACAACGAUUCACGUUUUGGUCAACGAGAUUGUCGACGCGAAGACCUUCACCCUAGGCUACAUCACCGGUUCCAAGAGACGGCCCGACGAUUUCGAGUACCAGAGACCUGGUACUCGUAUCUCUGGAGCUAUCACUCUCGCUGUUCAAGAGGUCAACGCUGGUGAACUAGGCAAACGCGGACAUAAAUUGGAGUUCCUGGUCGCUGAAACUUAUGGAGAAGAAGAAACGAGUAUUUUCAUGACCGCUGAACUUUGGACUAAAAAUAUUAGCGCUUAUAUUGGUCCUCAGGAGACUUGUAUUCAUGAAGGAAGAAUGGCGGCUGCUUUCAACCUUCCAAUGAUCUCAUAUUUUUGCACACAUCAGGAAACAUCAAACAAGAUUGAAUUUCCAACAUUCGCUAGGACUCGCCCGCCAGACACCCAAAUAUCAAAAUCCGUCGUUUCAGUAUUACUAGCGUUUAACUGGACAAAAGUCACAUUUAUGUACAUGAACUCAAGUUUAUUUGAGUUCAAUAACAAAAUGUCAAGCGUAGCGAUGACGAUUCUCGAUUCAUUUGAGUCGUCUGGAAUCUCUGUAAAUUAUCUCCGCUGCUGGAAGGAGCCGUAUCACGUCACUCACAUGAACAAUCCGUUCCAUGAGCUCGUUGCGAGUACUUAUCGUGAAACGCGAAUAUAUGUUAUACUUGGCAACUAUUAUGAGCACAUGGGUCUCCUGAUGGCAUUAAAUGACAAGAAAUUACUUGAAAAUGGAGACUAUUGGGUGGUUGGAGUGGACCCGGAACAGUAUGACGAACAACAACCCGACAAGUAUCUUCGUGGUCUGUGGCAAAAGCAGACGGAUCUUUCAGUUCUUCGCGCUUACAGAAGUUACUUUAGUAUCGUAGCUUCGGCUCCAGUAAACUUUGACAACUUUACCAGAUUAAUUCACGAGUACAGACAGAAGCCACCCUUCAACUUCAGUAAUCCACUGGCGAACGUUGGCGGAAUAGUUCAGAUAGUACCAGAGACGGCUUAUCUCUACGACGCUGUUCAUCUCUAUGAAAGAUCUCUUCUAGCUGCCUUAAAUGAGGGUCGUGAUCCUAGAGAUGGUCGCAAGAUGGUUGAAGCACUUCACGGGGUUCAUUAUCACAGCGCUAUGGGAUACAUGGUCUACAUGGAUAAAAAUGGUGAUGCUGAAGGAAAUUACACACUGAUUUCUCUGGACAAUCGUUCGGACACUGGACACGGGCUGUAUCCCAUCGGUUAUUUUAUUGGAAAAGAAGAAGUUACAAGCCUGCCUAAAUUAAGACUGACAAGAGAAAUUAUGUGGCUGGGUAAUGGUCCGCCUCUUGCUGAACCACUCUGCGGAUAUCACGAUGAAAAGUGUAAUGCUCACACUGGAGAAAUAGUCGGUGGAAUUGCUGGAGGAUUACUCAUUAUUUUUAUAUCAAUUUCGUUGAUUCUUUAUCGCAACUGGAAAUAUGAGCAAGAAUUAGAUUCACUUUUAUGGAAAGUCAAUUAUAAGGACAUUCAAAUACGGGAAAAUAAGGAUGAAAAUGUUAAUUGUGAAGCAAAGACACAUUCUAAGCCUGUUGUAAGGACGAGCCAAGUAUCUCUGAGCUCAAACCCCGACGCGGAUUUCCGCUACUCAAUGAUUUACACCCAGAUUGGAUUUUACAAGGGUAGGAUGUUUGCGGUAAAGAAAGUCCGUAAAAAAUCUAUUGAGAUUACGAGGGAAAUGAAGAAAGAAUUGAAGAUAAUGCGCGAUCUCAGGCAUGACAAUUUAAACGCUUUUAUUGGGGCUUGCACUGAUCCGCCUAACAUUUGUAUUGUUGUGGAAUAUUGUCCCAGAGGUAGCUUGAAAGAUAUUUUGGAAAAUGAAGAUAUGAAACUGGAUAAUAUGUUCAUGGCUUCUCUAGUCGCGGAUAUUAUUCAAGGCAUGGUGUAUCUUCAUGAAUCAGUUCUAAAAUAUCACGGUAACCUAAGUACCUCAAAUUGUCUCGUCGAUUCACGUUGGGUAGUAAAACUAGCUGAUUUUGGUCUCCGGGAAUUUAAAAAAGAUGCUGAGUGUGACCCAGAAGAUGUCAUGAAGAAAUAUCAAGGAUUGCUUUACAAAGCGCCAGAGUUAUUGAGAUCAACAGCAAUAGAAGAGCCAACAGUGCGAGAUUAUCAAAAAGGAGAUGUGUAUUCAUUCGCAAUUGUGCUGUAUGAACUUCACGGUCGGCAUGGACCUUUCGGUAUAACAGAACUAACAGCUCCAGAAAUUUUGAAGCGGCUUAUUGUCCGUGAUGUUGGAGUACCACCUUUCCGACCGUCAGUCGAUCAGUUGGAGAAUUGCUUCGACUUUGUACGCGACUGUUUGAUCGAAUGCUGGGCAGAAGAUCCUGAGAGCCGUCCAGACUUUAAAAUAAUACGAAAUAAAUUACGACCUCUGAGGAAAGGAAUGAAGCCUAAUAUUUUCGAUAAUAUGAUGGCGAUGAUGGAGAAGUACGCCAAUAAUUUAGAGGCUCUUGUAGAUGAACGUACGGAUCAGUUGACUGAAGAAAAGAAGAAAACCGAUGCGCUUUUGUAUGAAAUGUUACCCCGUUAUGUUGCUGAGCAAUUGAAACGAGGCCAUAAAGUCGAAGCUGAAGGGUUUGAUUGUGUCACCAUUUAUUUUAGUGAUAUUGUUGGAUUUACGUCAAUGUCUGCUGAAAGCACGCCGUUACAAGUUGUUGAUUUUCUUAAUGAUCUUUAUACUUGUUUUGAUUCUACCAUUGAAAAUUAUGAUGUUUACAAGGUUGAAACUAUUGGUGAUGCUUACAUGGUGGUCAGUGGACUACCUAUCAGAAAUGGUAUCCAGCACGCUGGAGAAAUAGCCAGUAUGUCAUUAUGUCUUUUAGACGCAAUAAAGCAAUUCACUAUUCGUCACCGGCCAUUAGAAAAACUUCAACUGAGAAUAGGUCUUCACUCUGGACCAGUUUGUGCCGGUGUUGUUGGCUUGAAAAUGCCAAGGUAUUGCCUUUUUGGUGAUACUGUUAACACUGCCAGUCGAAUGGAAUCUACAGGAACUGCAUUAAAAAUCCACUGUAGUCAAGAAACAAAAAAACUCCUGGAUAAAUUGGGCGGAUUCAAGUUAGUAGAACGAGGAAUAGUUUCAAUGAAAGGAAAAGGAGAGCGUUUGACUUACUGGUUGAUAGGCGAAGAUCCAAUCCAAAGGGCAGAACGCACCAACGAUCGAUUGGAGCGUAGAAAUGGCGUCGGAGGGAAGAAAGCAGUCCAAGAUCUUUUGGUCCCGAAGAGUUCUUUGAAAAACAAGUCAUUAACGCGCACCACUUUCUUAAGAUGCUCCAGCGAGUCGCCCAAACGGCUCAGAUUCUCCAGUUCUGAUCAGUUGAAUAAAAAGUGUCCCGUUAUUAGCAAUGAACUGGAGUGUAUUGUCGACAGCAGCCCUUGCAAGGGUAAAGGACUCUGUUCCAUUCGUUCCAAUUGCAUGGAAAGUUCAAGAUCGUCCAGCAAUUCUUGUCCAUGCGUUGAACAAUUGUGCGAGUCGGACGACAAUCAUAAAAAUGACAUGAUUAACAACAUUUGUAAUGGUGAACAGUAUUUUAGAAGGGCAUUGUACUUUGGUAAUAAUAAAGUCUUGUUGGACGGCAAUUGUCGCUCGGCUCCCAGCAGCCCUAGACAUGGUUCUAUGAUUUUGAGUUCCCAAAAAAGAAUCGCGCAAUCCAGUGAAGAAGUCGAUGGAUGCGACGCUACGCCUUUAAUUAGAUCGGCAACUUGCGUUGAAUGACAUCCGUUUGUUGUUUGUUUGAAUUUCCGAAAAAAAUCACCGGAAUUUUUUGUAUAAUUUCAAAGAAGACAACAACGAAUUUUGGAAUCAAUAAAGUCACUGCCAAGAUUUUCGGAGCCGUUUAAAAGUAUUAAGAGGCGAAAAACGCCAGUUAGCUUAGACAAUCAAGAAGGCUCGUGCUUUUUAUCUCUACUCGUAUCUUUUUCAAAUACUGUUUUGAGAUGAGUAAAUAAAACAUUUAAUCAAGUGUCUAGUCAAUAAACACUUAAGUUAAAUAAUAUUACUGUAAGCAAGUCCAUUAAUGUUUAAUAUUUAAUUAAUAACUACUUAAUAUAUACAUAUACAAUUAUCAUGUUAUAGAUAGAAAAAAAAGUACUUACUAUUACAGUAGUCUUAAACCUUUGUAUUAUUUUUUUUAGUUUCUGCGACUGUGAAUCAAAAAUGGGGUUUAAAAUAAUUUUUUUAGUAUGUUUGAUAAUUAAUUUUUCAAGUGAUUAAUUUGAAUGAAUAAUUCUAAAUUGUAAUUUUAAAAUUUAGAGCACUACGGAGAGAAGAAAUAAUAGUUAUAUUUUCAAUGUAAAAUGGUAACUAUUGCUAUGUAAGAUGCACAGUAAAAAAUUUUACGUCAUUGCGUUAAAAAAUUUUGUGUUAAAAAUUUU